CAACGACGCACGUCAUCUUGAGAGUUUCUUUGCGACACCACAAAAUGUGAAACUGCCACGUUUGUUGCUGUUGCUUGCGUUUGUCAGUGGCAGGCAGCCAGCCAGCAGUUAUCGCACACACCACACUCACCCUUGUUUCCUUGCUGAGUCUCACAUCUGUCACACACUCGGUCACACAUCAACACAUCCAUCUCUCACCAAUCAAGACCGACGAUGCCAAAGCGUGGAGAAGCCGUUGUCAAAGCCGUCCUUUCUGGGGACACUGUUGUGCUGCGUGGGCACGCCGCCUCGGGCCCACCGCCAACGUUCACCCUCUCCUUGGCCCAGCUCGAGUGCCCGCGUCUUGCCAAGCGUCCACCCCAGGGCCAGGACCAGGGCCAGCAGGAUGAGCCUUACGCCUGGGAAGCUCGCGAGCUUGUGCGCAAGAAGGUCAUUGGCAAGCGCGUGUCCUUCUUCGUCGAGUACACGGUUCCUUCUGGCCGCGAAUUCGGCCACAUCAUCUUGAACCGCGACACGGCCAACGAGGAGUACAUUGCUGUCAGCCUCCUAGAUGCCGGCCUCGCCCGCAUUCGCGAGGGUUCCCGCGGCACUGGCGACGUCUUUGAGAAGAUGCAGGCAGCCCAGACCAAGGCCGAGAGCAGUCACAUUGGCAUUUGGGACGAGAAGUCCAAGCCAAAGCAUGUGCGCAAGAUCACCUGGAACGUGGAGAACAUGCGCGCCCUUGUGGACAAGAACAAGGGCAAGCCCGUCAAGGCUGUGAUUGAGCACGUGCGGGACGGCUGCACGCUCCGCGCUUUUCUGCUGCCGAACUUUGAGUACAUCACCUUCUCUCUCACUGGCGUCAAGACGCCAAUGUUCAAGCGGGAUGCGGAGGGCAACGAGGUUGCGGAGCCGUUUGCUGCAGAGGCAAAGUUCUUCGUGGAGUCUCGUCUCCUCAACCGUGACGUCGACCUCAUUCUCGAAGGCUCGUCUGGGAACGUGUUUCUUGCGACACCGCUGAUGGGCGGGCGCAACAUCAGCGAGCAUCUGCUCAAGGCCGGGCUGGCCAAGAUUGUCGACUGGAGCAUCAGCAGCCUCACCGGCGGGGCAGCAACGUACCGCGCGGCGCAGCAGUACGCGCAGGCGAACAAGCUCAAGCUGUGGAAGAACUUUGCCUCGCGCAAGGAGCUGUCGCUCUCUCCAUCGGACCAAUCGUUCAAGGCCAAGGUGGUUGAGAUUGUUAACCCGGAGCAGUAUGUGAUCGAGCGCGACGGUGUGCAGCAGCGCAUCCACCUGGCCUCUCUCCGCCAGCCCAAGCACCCACGCGAACCCGGCUCGCGGGCCCCUCGCUUCUACGAGGUUCCGUUUGGUUACGAGACGCGUGAAUUCCUGCGCAAGAAGUUGAUUGACCAGACGGUGGACGUGAAGGUGGACUACGUCAAGCCCGCCAACAAUGGCUUCCCAGCAAAGACGUGCUGCACGAUCACGAUUGGCGGCGUCAAUGUUGCCGAGGCGCUCAUCAGCAAGGGCUACGCAACCGCUCUCCGUCACAGGGAGGACGAUGAUGCGCGGUCAUCCGUGUACGACGAUCUCCUCGCUGCCGAGACCCGUGCUGUGAAGAACAACAAGGGCAUUCACACGAAGAGCGAAGUGCCGAUCCACCGCAUUGCCGAAGUCACGAACAAGCAGCAGGCGGACAAGUUCUACUCGUCGAUGCGGCGGGAGACGCGCGUGUCUGCGGUGGUUGAGCACGUCGUCAGCGGCUCUCGUGUGCGCGCGCUCAUUCCCAAGCACACGUGUGUCGUCUCUGUGGUCUUUGCGGGCAUCUCGUGCCCUCGCACGGGCCGUGACGACACGCCAGACCAGCCGUUUGCUCGCGAGGCCCUCGACUUCACCAAGACCUACUGCCACCAGCGGGAUGUUGAGCUUGAGCUUGAGGACGUGGACAAGAACGGCAACUUUGUUGCGCAUGUGUUUGUCAACCGCGAGAACCUCUCUGUGAAACUCCUUGAGAACGGGCUGGCGAAGGUCCACGGCUCUGUGCGCCGCUUCGCGCACAAGGGCGAGCUUGAAGCAGCGGAGCAGGCAGCCAAGGACAAGCGCGUGAACCUGUUCAAGGACUUCGACCCGGAGAAGGAGAAGGCAGAGAAGGAGGCCGCCCUCGGGCCAACCGCCGCCACAACACGCAAGCACGCCCCGGAGCCUGUUCUUGUGACGGAGAUUGCUUCCACCAACAGCUUCUACGUGCAGGGCCAGAAGUCGAGCGCUGAGCUGGAGAAGGUGAUGCAGUCGCUCGCCAGCAGCAACGGCGCGGGCGCUGGCGCCUUCAAGCCAAAGAAGGGCGCGAUGUGCGCCGCCCAGUUUACGCUGGACAACGUGUGGUACCGCGCCAAGAUCACCGACGUGUCUGGCAGCAACGUCACUGUGCAGUACAUUGACUUUGGCAACAAGGAGACGCUACCUGCCAAGCGCUGUGCUCCUCUUCCCGCAGGCACAUCUUCCCUGCCCGCACAGGCGCGGCUGGUGACGCUUGCCGGCAUUGCCCCCGCACCGGCCGACUGGGAGGCAGAGGCACAAAACGUGGUUGCUGACCUGCUGCUCGACAAGUCGUUCAUGUGCAACUCCGAGUACCGUGACAGCGAGGGCGAGCACGUCACCCUCACCACCAUGGACGGCAAGGUCGACCAAGGCCGGGAGCUGAUUGCGUGCGGUUACGGGCGUGUGGACAAGCAGGCGCCGCCGCUGCUUGACGCUCUGAUGAAGAAGUACCGCGAUGCGCAGGCCCGCGCCAUUGCCGCCCGCGACGGCAUGUGGAUCUACGGCGACGUCACAGAGGACGACCAGUGAACAACGUGAAUGUGACCCGGGCACUGAAACCAACACCGUGUUUGCAUUGAGAUGUGUGUUGUGAUGUUGUGAUGUGAUGUGACACAUGAUGACUGAUGUGUGUGUGUUGGUGUGUGCUUGUUGGACCCUUGCUUGCAAUACAACGCACCAAACCACA